AUGGAUCGAUGCGGCCGCUAUGGCACAACGGGCGACAUCACAGAAGAGGAGCACAGAGAAACUGAAAGGGAAAUUCAUCGCGUUCUCUCAACAACAACCCGGGCAGAACGAAAAACAACAGAACGAAAAUCAACAGAACGAACUGUUAUCAAUAUGACGGGGAGAGAUAUCGACGUGGGUGCCAUUUUGGCAGUUAAGGUAGGUCUUAACUUUGCACCAGAAUCAAGAAGGAAAGCAAUUCCUAUCCCACUAACGGCCGCUCACACGCGCAGCUUAGAAGAUGACUUCCAAGACUUCUUCGACAUCAUUCCUAUGGACCAGGUCCGUGCCAUAGUGCAAGAUCACCUGGCAAAUGACACCGAGUUGCAGGCGGUCGUCGCUUUCGUCAAGUCUGAGGACUUCAAGGAGACGCUCCUUGCUCUUGAAGAAAUCCCGGAGUACAUUGCGUUUCUCAAUUACAUGUAUGAGUCUGGCCUCGACGUCUACUACUAUAUCAACUGGGUGCACGAUUUAAUUGGCAUACCUCAGUUAACACCACCUUCUGAUGCGACGCCAUCUACGCCAUCUCGAAGCCUGUCCAGUAUGGUCGACGAUAUCAUAGCCAUCCUUCCAGAGGAGGAGCUUGAAGCACUUUGCCAGGAGAAGCUCCAGACCAGUCCAGAAUUCAAGGAGAUGUACGACAGGAUGACAUCCCCUGAGUUUAUGCAAGUCGUGAUAAACUUGCUGGCAGUGCCAGAGUACCGAGAACUGAAGCAGCAUCUACUGGACAAUGGCGUCGACGUGGACCAGCUGCUGCGGUUGUUCCACGCAAUGAUCGGCCUGCCAUCAGGUUCUGACAAAAUGGAAGGACUUAUCGAUAGCGCACCUGCAGCCAAAGUGAUUACGAGAGACGAACGGACCCUAGAGGAUGACUUCCAAGACUUCUUUGACCUCAUUCCUAUGGACCAAGUCCGUGCCAUUGUACAGGAUCACCUGGCCAAUGACACUGAGCUGCAGGCAGUCGUCGCCUUCGUCAAGUCUGAGGAUUUCAAGGAGACACUCCUCGCCCUCGAGGAAAUUCCAGAGUACAUUGACUUUUUGGACUAUAUGUACGACUCGGGCUUGGAUGUCUACUACUACAUCAACUGGGUACACAAUUUAAUUGGCAUUCCGGAGCUAACACCGCCUUCUGACACGAAGCAGUGUCGAAGCCUGUCUAGUAUGGUCGACGAUAUCAUAGCCAUCCUUCCAGAGGAGGAGCUUGAAGCACUUUGCCAGGAGAAACUCCAGACCAGUGCAGAAUUCAAAGAGAUGUACGACAGGAUGAGAGCUCCUGAGUUUAUGCAAGUCGUACUGAACUUACUGGCAGUGCCGGAGUACCGAGAACUGAAGCAGCACUUACUAGACAACGGCGUCGACGUGGACGAACUGCUUCGGUUAUUCCAUGCUAUGAUCGGCCUGCCAUCUAGUGCGUAA